UAUUGCUUUGAAUUCCUAUCAUAUAUUUUGGGUCUCUUUCUUCCACUACGCCUUUUCUUCUUAUGGUUUUCCUAUUGAAGAGCUAGUAAUUAACUAUUUCAAUAUUCAAUUUGAUAUUUGUGCAUUACACGCCUCAAGAGUUAUGAGACUUACAUGGCAAACGCUUACAACUUGGGUAGAAGGAGAGGUAAACGUAGAAAUAACCGAAGAAGAAGAUAAUGAGUUAUAUUGGAAUAAAAUAAUUUCUGUUUAUAAGACAAUACUUGAAACAUACGACAUUGCUAAAAAGUCUUUUCAGUUGUUGAUCUUAAAUUAUGUUUUUCAUAUGUUUGUAAACGCUCUAUUGUCCAUUGGAUUGCGCAUUGACAUAGGCAAAGCCACCGGGGGCACUGGCAUGUUUGCACUAACAGCAUUUAUAUCUCUAUUAUGGCUGGUGAAGAAUAUGCUGAUACUAACAAGUUUGAGUAUAGAGAGUGAGAGGUUUUACACUGAAUUAAAAGGAGUUAGACACAUCUGCAUACAAAUAAUAGGAUCUAACACAUGCUCAGACGUAAAAAAACAUAUCUGCAAGAAUAUUGUACGAAUAGAGAAGACCAGCUUUAGAAAGUUCGACGCGUGUGGUUUGUUUAUCAUAGACGGAGCGCUGCCAAUACAGUUGUGUGGUCUUAUCACAACCUACCUGAUUGUGAUAUUACAGUUCGAAUUUCUUUAGUUUUAGAUAGAUCGAAAACAACAUACUAAAUAAAGG